AUGUACAAGGGCUCAGCAGAAAUGUGCCCGCAAGGUCACUGCGCCUUGGAGGAGAAUUCAAUGAUCGACCUUUCCUUGGCAUUUGCUGCCCCAAGCCUCCCCAAGGUCAUGAAGCGGGGCACACAUGGGAGGCACGUAGCACCGUUCCCCCCCACCCCAUCCCUUCCUAUUAUCCUUAUUCUUUCCACUAUUCUUCAUUGUCAAGCCGCCAAAGUGGAGAGUGUGAUUGCAGAAGGGGGUGCUUCUCGUUUCAGUGCUUCUUCGGGGGGAGGAGGUGGUAGGGGUGCACCUCAGCACUAUCCCAAGACUGUCGGCAACAGCGAGUUCCUGGGGAAAACCCCAGGGCAAAGCGUUCAGAGAUGGGUUCCUUCACGAAGCACUAGACGAGAUGCCAACUCCAGCAACGAAAAAGAGCGGCACGAUGCCAUCUUCAGGAAAGUGAGAGGCAUACUCAACAAACUCACGCCUGAUAAGUUUGACAAGCUAUGCCUUGAGCUCCUCAACGUGGGCGUAGACUCCAAACUCGUCCUUAAAGGUAUCAUCUUGCUGAUUGUGGACAAAGCCCUAGAAGAGCCCAAGUAUAGCUCACUCUAUGCUCAGCUAUGUCUGCGCUUGGCAGAGGACGCACCAAACUUUGAUGGCCCUUCGACCGAGAGCCAAACCUCCCAAAAGCAGAGCACAACCUUCAGAAGACUGCUGAUUUCCAAGCUUCAAGAUGAAUUUGAAAACCGCGCCAGAAAUGUUGAAAUCUAUGACAAGCACGACAACCCUCUUACUUCUGAGGAGGAAGAGCAGAGAGCCAUUGCCAAGAUCAAGAUGCUUGGCAACAUUAAAUUCAUCGGGGAACUUGGCAAACUUGACCUCAUCCACGAAUCUAUCCUUCAUAAGUGCAUCAAAACGCUUCUGGAAAAGAAGAAGAGAGUCCAACUUAAGGAUAUGGGCGAGGAUCUGGAGUGUCUCUGUCAGAUAAUGAGGACUGUCGGGCCGAGACUCGACCAUGAGAAAGCAAAGUCUUUAAUGGAUCAGUACUUUGGCCGUAUGCGAUCCUUAAUGAACAACAAGGAUCUGCCAGCGAGGAUACGCUUCCUGCUGCAAGACACAGUGGAGCUGCGAGAGAACAACUGGGUCCCCCGCAAGGCUUUCCUCGACAACGGACCGAAGACGAUCAACCAAAUCCGACAGGACGCGGUGAAGGAUUUGGGCGUUUUCAUCCCAGCACCAAUGUCGCAGGGCAUGAGGAUGGACUUCUUCUUGGAAAGCCCCUUCAUGCCCAACAGAAUGAAAUUGGACAGGGAGACGCUGGGCGGAUUGGCCGACAUGUUUGGACAAAUGCCGGGCAGUGGUAUUGGAACAGGACCGGGAGUCAUCCAGGACAGGUACUCUCCUACCAUGGGACGCCAUCGCACCAACCCGCUCUUCAACGGCCACAUCGCUCCUCAGCCACAAUCGCAGUUCGACAUUGGGGCCAAGUCGUCCUUCGUCAAGUCCAACCAGGUUCAGAACCAGCAUUUCCUCAGCCAGAGCCAGAACCACGCGGCACAGCAGCAGGUCCCGUCCAAGGACUUGCCCCCACGCUUCAGCAAGAAAGGACAGCUCAAUGCGGAUGAGAUCAGCCUGCGGCCAGCUCAAUCAUUCCUCCUCAACAAGAGCCAGGUUCCCAAACUCACACCGCAGAUCCCCUCCAUGAUGCCUCCCAGCGCCCAGCCCCCUCGCACGCAAACUCCACCCCUGGGACAGCCCCCUCAGCUUGGCUUGAAAACCAACCCGCCGCCCAUUCAAGAGAAACCUCCCAAGACCAACAAGAAACCGCCUCCUGCCAGGGAGGAGUUGCUGAAGAUGACGGAGGCGACCAUGAGCGAGUACUUCACCAGCAAGAACUUGAGCGAGGCGGUCAGUAGCGUGCGCGAAAUGAAGGCGCCCAAGCACUUCCUGUCGGAGAUGCUGAGCAAGAUCAUCGUGUGCUCUCUGGACCGACCUGACGAGGACAAAGAGCACGCCAGCACCCUCAUCCACGCGCUGCGCGUCGACGGACUCAUCACAGCUGAGAACUUCAUGCAGGCUUUCCUCAAUGUCCUGGACCAGUGCCCCAAGAUCGAGGUCGACGUGCCCCUGGUUAAGUCCUACCUGGCCCAGUUUGUCGCGCGGGCCGUCAUCGCCGAGCUACUGAGCGUGGCCGAGCUGGCGCACCCGCUGGAGAACGGCACCCACUUCCCGCUCUUCCUGCUCUGCCUGCAGCAGACCGCCAAGCUGAAGGACCGCGAGUGGCUCACCGACAUCUUCCAACAGAGCAAAGUCAACAUGCAGAAGAUGCUGCCUGAAAUCGACCAGAACAGGGAUCGCAUGCUGGAGAUCCUGGAGGGCAAGGGCCUGAGCUUCCUGUUCCCGCUGCUCAAGCUGGAGAAGGAGCUGCUGAAGCAGAUCACGGCAGACCCAUCUCCACAGUCCAUUUACAAGUGGAUCAAGGACAACAUCUCCCCCAAGCUCCACACCGACAAAGGUUUCGUCAACAUCCUCAUGACCAGCUUCCUGCAGUACAUUGCCCAAGAGCUGUGCAUGUCCGAGGGCGACGAGCAGCUGUCGGCCCCCUCCAAGGAGCAGUUGGAGCAGGAGAAGACGCUGCUGCUGGCCUUCAAACCCGUCAUGCAGAAGUUCCUGCACGACCACACCCAGCUGCAGGUCAGCGCCCUCUACGCCCUGCAGGUGCACUGCAACGCCAACGGCUUCCCCAAAGGCAUGUUGCUGCGCUACUUUGUCAAUUUCUACGACAUGGAGAUCAUUGAAGAAGAAGCCUUCCUAGCAUGGAAAGAAGACAUCACCCAAGAAUUCCCUGGGAAAGGAAAAGCUUUGUUCCAGGUCAAUCAGUGGCUCACGUGGUUGGAGACGGCCGAGGAAGAGGAGUCUGAGGACGACGGCGAUUGAAGAGGCGCCAGCCGCACAAGAUGACAUUUUGCCUUUUCCUUUGCAUUCACCUCCACCAUUGAUUGAUCGAUUAACCAACCACUAACGAGCAACACCACCACAUCCAAACCCUCCUCUCCCCUUCCUCCUUCCGUUCUGUCGACACGUGUGGAGUGACAUGACUUUGUUCUUGUUUUCCUUUUUAACUCCUCUUACCUUCUUUCGACGAAUUAACUCGCUCUGGGGCAACCAUCAAGGCUGUAAUAUUUGGUUUCGAUGGCCCGUGUUGAACUUUUUGCGUCAAAAUUCCUCCUCAACCAGUCACCGGUGACAUUCUACCUCUUCAGACAGGCAUUUUGUGCCCUUUCUGAAACCUAAAGCCCGAUGCGCUGUGCUUGAUAUCGUAUUUCUUCAAAUAAUGGCCCCAAUUAGUCACGUGAGAAACAACAAUUACACAGCGUAUAAUCAUUGGCAUUCUUGACAUUCUUUGGAAGUCACUCGCCAAAACAGCAGCACUCAGUGAGGCACGUUACCAAGCUAGUUGGCCCGAGCUGUAUUGAAGCCGAUUUUGCGUUACAACGAAUCUUCAGAUUGCAUUUGUAUUUUAAAACAACAAAUACAGGUUCAUUCCCGUGGCUGAUUUGAGAAGUUACCUUGUUACAUUUAGCGUGCCGGUUGCUCCACAAUGCUGUGCGUCGACUUCCCUCGUAACCCAAUUUCAUUUGAGGUAAAUUUUGUUACACGAUAGUCCUAAAAUGAAGGCCUCCCACCCAACUGCAGUUGAUGAGUGCUCCGGUCCUUGCUGCCGUUUUCAUGACAUACGGCAGUGAUCCCUUAAUUUAAGUGAAACAAAUGACAACGCUGAUCAUGUUUGUGUUUUGUUUUUUAACGUUUCAGUGAAUGAAAUAAAAUGAUGCAAGUGCCCCGCUCCUAGUUCUCCUUACUCAUCUCCCCUUACUUAAAAACUGCUGAGUCAUUGUAAGUGAACAUCCUCAUUCAUGAUUGUGCACCUGCUUUAAUGUCAAUAAAGUCACUAAAUGAACACCAAUAAAAACUAUCACUUGUCUGAA